AUUAAUGCCUAAUGGCUUGCCAGUAACCGGCCGGUUUUAACGUUUCCUGCCGUAAAUUUGCAAGGAACACAGCUUUCCGGUAUCUGCUGCUGCGCAACAAAUACAGUAAGCAUGGCCCUAACUACAGGCUGGGGUCGUACAGUCCUCAACACCCUCAUGGUAGCGACCGUCAUCCCGUACGGGAUCGCCAUAUUCCUGUACGCUAAGUUCGGCUGGCCCACCAACUACCAAGGCGGAAAGCUAGCUGGGCUACAUCCGCAGAAAGUCUUCAAGCUGAACUAUGCAGCCAUGCAGUGGUUUGUAGUGGGGACUAUACAGCACCUGCCUCUGUACUUCUCUGUAACCAGGGCAUACAGAACAGCCAGACCAGAAAGCCUUGUUAAGAACAUUCCAUUUGGCCGGCACGGCUGUCUCCUAGACGUGUACGUGCCCCACCUUGUUCCAGGACGGACCCCUCCUCCCAAGAUGCCCGUGUACAUCUUCGUGUUCGGUGGCGCCUGGACCUCGGGUAGCAGAACACUUUACUGCAUGCUAGCCAAUCAGCUGGCAGACAAGUUACAGUCUGUGGUGGUGGUUCCAGAUUACCCAUUGUGGCCUGAAGAACAACACGUCCAUGCCAUGCAGACAGCCAUCAUUGACAGUGUAGCCUGGACCUACAGCAACAUUGAGAAGUACUCCGGAGACAAAAUGAACAUUCACCUGAUGGGACACUCAGCAGGAGCACACCUGAGUGUGCUGGCACCAAUGGCACUGGCACGAGGUGACUAUUCUCCGUUGGAUGAAGACACAACACCCAGUACCCUCCUCCCUGCGAUCAGAAAGGUCCUGGGCUUCUCGGGUGUGUAUGACAUCACAGAUCACUACAAGCACGAGGAGAUGAGGGGUGUGGCAGACGUGUCACCCAUGCACAGAGUCAUGGGGGGACCUGAAAACUUCCAUCUGUGGUCACCAAGUGCUCUGGUGCAGGUCCUAGCAGAAAAAGACUUGAUCUCCAGACUCCCCCCGAUGUACCUGUUCCAUGGUACUGCAGACCACAUCGUCCCUUACCAGUCCACCGUCAAGCUGGGCGAUCGCCUGGCUGAAGUCAACGGAAAGGCUGUCGUGAAAAUCCUAGCCGACGUCGGACAUUCUGAGCCUGUGACGGACGUCAUGCUGCCGGACCGCCCCACCUAUGACCUCAUCAUGGGGUGUAUCAUGGAGACAGCUAAGGACCAAAGGAACCAAGGGGACCAAGACUCUGCUAUCCUUCCUACCUUUGUCUCAGGGCAAUAAGUAACUCUUCAUUAUUACCUCUUUAUUACUGUCAUGAUUGAUUAUGUCAUUAGGAAAGGGUUAUGAGGCAUUGUAGUGUGUUUGUGUAUAGAGAUUAAGACUUUUGUGCAAUUUUUGUGUGUGCUCCUAACUUUGUUAUCUUUUCAAUAAUGUCUCUAAAUGCUGUUCUUCUUCAAUUAUUCUCUAUUCAAUGUCAAUUCUAUACCCACCAGUGCAUUCUUUCAUUUACAAAUACUUUUGAUAAUAAUUCAAUAUCACAGACUGAAUACUAUCAUAUCUAACAGUUCCAGUUUGAUUGUUACGGUAAUAUUGUGAAUUCUAAGUGUCUCCAAUUUUAUUCUAUGGCCAUUUUUGAGGCAAUACUGUUUUAAGGGUGUUUUAAGUUGUUGCAUUUACUCCAUACUGUUUUUACUUGUGUUGACUUGAUACUACCAAUAAUCAGAAUAUAGAAUGGGUUAAUAGGUUGUUAACAUCUACAUGAUUGUUUAUAAGAGUGCUUGAAGCUACUAAGGUCUUAGUGCUUGACCAAAAUUAUGUUUUGUUUGUUUCUGCAUACUCGGCAUACCACCCAGGGUUGAACAAGUUUUCUAAAAUUGACUUGUCCUAUCGGGCAAGUACUUAAAAAAUUUACUUGCCUGAACCAACUUUUCACUUGCCCGAAAUCUAAAU